AUACAUAUAAAAAAGAUAACAUAAAAAUUGUAGUCAUUAUAAUCUAAUUUAGUUUAAGUGAAAUAGCAGAUGCGGGAGAACUAUAAUAACAACCAAAAAGAAAAAAAAGUCUUCCCUCCUUUGACCCCCCACCGCCGCCGGCCGCCAUCAAUCUCGCCGCCACAGGCAGCCGUCGCGCCGCUACACGCACCCGUCGUGCCGCCAUACUGUUGAUCUUUUUUCUAUUAUUAGCCUCUUAGCGCCCAAAGCCACUUCUUCCCUCCCCCAUCCCCCAUUAUUAAUCCCUAAUCCCUAGCGCUGCAAUCUGCAAUUUUGUAAGGAAGGAAGGGCAGUUGCCGGAACAGCUAAAGCCGGACCGAACAAGGAAGAAGGAGAGUGGCCGGGGCAGCUGGAGUCGAACCGAACAGCUAAAGCCCCACCCCCAUUAUUAAAUCCCUAAUCCAUAGCGCUGCAAUCUGCAAUUUUGAAAAGAAGGAACAGCUAAAGCCGAACCGAACAGCUAUAGUCCACCGAGCAAGGAAGGAAGGGAAGUGGCUGGAGCAGCUGAAGCUGAACUUCUUUUAUCCUGCUCGCUCUCUCUCGUUCCUCGUUGCUCUCUCUCUCUCUCUUCCCACCGCAGCUUCCGCAGGUUGGUGACUGGUUUGUGAAAUUAAUUUCUGUGUGUGCGCGUGCGAAAUCGUUGUUGAUAAUGAAUUUGGUAUUGUUUUUUCUCUACGUUGUUGGCUGUUGCACACAAGUUUUUGCGAAAUAAUCUACUAUGUUCAUUUAUGGGCCGACCAUUCUACCUCACAAUUAUAAAAAAUUGAGACCCAUAAAGGUGAAGCCCAGCCCAUGAAGCCAUUGAGUAUUAGGGUUUUACUAUAAAAUCUUCUGCACCAACCCUUCUCUUUCUCUUCAAUCGACUUCCAUCAGUUUCCGCAGUACUGCCGAAGAGAACAGCAGCAGCAAUGGUGAAAUACUCGAGAGAGCCCGAUAACAUCACUAAAUCUUGUAAGGCUAGGGGAUCUGAUCUCAGAGUUCAUUUCAAGAACACUAGGGAGACAGCGCACGCCAUCGGGAAGUUGCCUUUGGGCAAGGCCAAGAGGUACUUGGAGGAUGUGCUUGCCCACAAACAGGCCAUACCUUUCACUCGUUUCUGUGGUGGUGUUGGGCGAACUGCUCAGGCCAAGAACAGACACUCUAACGGACAAGGUCGCUGGCCAGUGAAAUCUGCCAAGUUCAUCUUGGACUUGCUCAAGAAUGCCGAAAGUAAUGCUGAGGUGAAAGGUUUGGAUGUGGAUGCACUAUUCAUUUCUCACAUUCAGGUUAACCAGGCCCAGAAGCAAAGGCGCCGCACGUAUCGUGCCCAUGGAAGGAUUAACCCCUACAUGUCGUCACCUUGCCAUAUUGAGUUGAUUUUGUCAGAAAAGGAAGAGCCUGUGAAAAAGGAGCCCGAGUCGCAGUUGGCGACGAGCAAACCGAGGAAGUCUUGAGCAAUUGGCUAUUUGUUGGAUCAUAUAGUAGUUCAAGUUUUGAAAGUUGUUUUUUAGUCCACUUUGUUUUGAACUAUGUUUGGAUUUUGGAGAUUAAUCGAAAUUAUCGUAUGUGCUUGGAUAUGUAUUUUGGAUCCUAAAUAGUAGAUUUCUUCUUAGACUUCUUACUCGAUCUCCUUUGCCCUCGAUUCAUCAAUGAUUUUUUCCCACUU